AUGAGAUCAAGACAACAGAAUACAGCUGCUUUACCUCCACAUUUCGUGGAUUCUCUUCAACGACUUUUCACUUUGUUGGAUUCACAAUGUGGUAACAGGGGAAAAGUACCAUUAGAAUUGGUAAGAAUAUUUUUUUUGUAAAAUACGAAUCGGACUUCAUAGUUUUCUUAUAUUUUAGGUUAUUCUUUGGAUAAAAAUUGAGAUGCGCCAUUUUUUUUGCAUCAAAACUAAAAUGCACUACUCUUUUUUGCAUCAAAAUCUAAAUGCGCCAUUCUUUUCGCAUCAAAUUUGCUUUUAGGAUAAAAAAUCCUCUAUAUUUGCCUAAUAUCUUUCAGAUAGCCUCCCAAUGGCAGAACCUACAACACCAGUUUCCAGCCGGCUUCCUGGAAUGCCUGGGUCGUGUAGCUCCUCCAGAUGGCCUUCUGAACUUCGAACGAUUCCUUGCCGGCUUUCGACUGGUCAUCGCGAGCAGACAGAAGAAUGUUCGACUGAAAAGAGUGCGAAGCGAAGGGAAACUCGACGAGAUUGGACCGUAUGUUUAAAUUAUUUUAUUUGUAAUACUCGGUAAAUACGCGAUCCGACGUGUCUGACCCGGAAAUUUGUUAGAAAAAGUGGGGGAACGGUCCUGAAAUGGGUUUUGUAUAUUGUUCAGUGUAAUAUGAGUAAAGGGAGAUUAGUUAUGCUGGUUUUGAAGCGGUUUUUCAGCAGAAAUAGUGUAUUUUAGUGAAAUUUAGUUUAUUUUAAACUAUUGUAAAGAGAUAAUAUGAGUUUGUUAUUUUUAUAAUCUUCAGUAAUAACUUUAUCAUUUUAGUACCGCUCGCCACCCAGCUAUGGGUAUAAAUGGCCUCUUGGUAGAACAAAAUCGGCCAUAUUCAGCAUCAAGCAACGCUCGUGCUCUGAAAGCUCAGUACGGCUCCCAACCAUCUCUGAACACUAAGUAUAUUCAACCUCCAGCGCCAAUCCUACGACUGCCAGAGUCUCGCGACUACAGUUCAUCGAAUUACGAUUAUGUCAAGAGUGAACCAUUCAGAAGGCCGGCUUCAGCUGGAGCUGGUGUAUUAGUGCGGGCGGGAACGGAGACUAACACUACAACUUCUGACUCGUCGCCUUCUGAAAGCAACAAUUACAGCGUCGUGAUGCGGAGCCGCAGCAAGGUAGGGUUAUUAUGAACUACGGUAAUUUUGAGCUUUAAUUUAAAGUAUAUGUUGAGUUAGGGAUAUACGCUGUUAUAGGCCUUCUUCAAAUGCCAAAGUCGACAAUUGAAAGGAAUAUGUUGUUUUUAGGUUGUUUUAAUUUUAAAAAAUGAUUCUGGGCCUUCUUUCAAAGCUUAUUUUUGGGGCUAAGGGACGCAGUAUUAUUUGAACAACCAAAUAUAAAAAAAUCAAGAUUAAAAAUACAAAUUUUAUUUUUAGGGACCUCCAGUAGCCUCUACAAAGCAGAUGCGUGCUCCAGCACCUCCACAGUCAAAGUCGAUACACAAUUUGCAUCAGAUUUUGAAUGGAAACAGAUAUCGACCGGCUUCUUUGACUUCUUCUGGUAGUGGUUCUUGUAAGUUAAUAGCAUCUUUUGCAAAAUAUGUUCUUGUAUUAUAAUUGUAGAUUUUCUAUCUAAAGUAAAAUUGACCAUAUUCGACGUAUUUUACACAAAAAGUAUUUUGAAUAUGUUUUGAGGCAAAAUUUUUGUUUUUUUUUAUUUUGUUAGCAUUGCUAACUUAGCAACUUUUUAUUUAAAAAAUCAUGCAGGUUUAAGGUAUACAGUAUUUUUUGUAUUAUGUUAGAUAAAAUUCAAUUUACUUUGCUAAAGCGAACACUGUUAUUAACGCAUAAUAUUCUUUGCGACUUUCAAUAGCUGUGAAACGGGAUUCAGAUGCAUUUUAAGUCAAUUAUUUGACAAAAAUUUAAGUUUUCUUAGGAGUUGCAUUGACAAAUUUGAUUUUUAAAGUUUAGGCAUUAAUCGUAUUUUUAUCGAUGGCAAAAUUAUGCGAAAAUGAAAGACUUAAAAGCAAAAUUUUGAUAUUUAUUUUUUUUUAAAAUUUGGUUAAAGUUAUAUUUUUUGUCAACUUUUUUUGCGCUUUUAGUUUUUUUCAAAAAAAAAUUUAUUUAUUAAUUUUAUUUGGGAAUAUGUUUUUAGGCUCUGGAUCAAGUGGAAUGGCUGAGGUUAGGUGGAAUAACUCACGACAAUCAUCUUCUAACUCACCACCAGAUUCCAUACGUCAAUAUUCUGAAGAUCAUCUACCUCAAGUUGUAAGUUUACCUUUUAUUCUCAGAUUUUUUUACAGUCGUACUUGGUACUUUAACAGUUAUAUUGAGCAUAGCAAAGUAGGAAAUUCUCUGGCUAAGCGACUUUUAAGAAAAAAGUUGACAGGUUUAUGUCUAUAGUAUUGA